GUUUUGGUGAGGUGCCGUUUUAGCCUGCACCCGCCAAAACGGCACCUUUCACUCUCGCGGUAUCACGCGAGACUAACAGUUGACAUUGAGAUGGUAACUUCGGUUGAUGAGGAAGAGUAAGAAAAUACAUAUAUUCUCGCGGACGACAAGGUCGCCAUUUCCUGAGAAGUUACAAAGUCAAAGCACAGAUUGUUGCUCCAAAGCGAGUUUUGAGUUUCGACAAUCAGAAAAGUGAAAGAAAGCAACAUUUCGAAACAAAGAUUUAUGCGUUUGGAUUAAUUACCCCCAAUUUGGUUGUUUCGUAAUUGUGUGGAGUAUACUUGAAGGUCACAAACGGAAACGUAUACCGUCAGAUCAUCAACAGAUGGUUUACUAGGCCCAGUUGGAAACAAGACCAGACAACGUUGACAGUAUCCACUACAGUGUCGUCCAGCCACCAGGCUGGCAUCUAUGAUUGAUCACCAUCUUUGCCAUAAUAUAAGACAUUUUCACGUAAAAAAGACGUUUACAUGAUGUAUCGCUUGUCUGUAAGGACUUUGUUGUCAAGUGCUCGAACAUCUUGUUUGAGCAGAGCAUAUUCCAGUCGCUCUGAUGACACAUCCAGGCAAGCAAAAACUUAUGCUACCCAAGCAGCAGCAGAGCCCUUCCUCAGUGGCAGUUCCUCGGCAUAUCUUGAGGACAUGUAUGUGGCAUGGCAGAAAGAUCCUGACAGUGUUCAUAAGUCUUGGGAUUCUUUCUUUCGUCAAACUGCACGUGGAGCCCCUCCUGGUCAAGCUUACGUCCGUCCACCAUCGUUGUCUGCUGCCAGUUUGACCGUUGCUCCAAUUCCCACACAUGCUGUAGCCCAAGGAGCACCAGUAGAUGAGAAGACUAUAGAGGAUCAUUUGUCUGUUCAGUCUAUUAUCCGCUCAUAUCAGAUUCGUGGGCAUCAUAUAGCAGAUUUAGACCCCUUGAAGAUCAACCAAGUGGACCUGAAUGCCAAUUCUCCACCUGAUCUCCUUGUGAGCCAUUACAAGUUUGAGGAGCAUGACUUGGAUCGAGUGUUUCGUCUACCAGCCACCACUUACAUAGGAGGCAAUGAGGCAGCACUCCCUCUUCGAGAAAUUAUCAGAAGACUAGAGGAAGUCUAUUGUCGACACAUCGGUGUGGAAUUUAUGUUCAUUAACAACCUGGAACAGACAGACUGGAUUCGCAAGAAGUUUGAAACUCCUCGUAUAAUGCAGUUCAGCAAUGAAGAGAAGAGGCUUGUCCUGGCCAGACUCAUCAGAUCUAUACGAUUUGAGGAAUUUCUUGCUCGUAAAUGGUCAUCAGAGAAGCGUUUUGGACUCGAGGGAUGUGAGGUGCUUAUAUCUUCUAUGAAGACACUGAUAGACUCAAGCAGUGCCCUGGGUGUGGACAGUUUUAUCAUUGGCAUGCCUCACAGAGGUCGCCUGAAUGUACUGGCCAAUGUGUGUCGCAAACCAUUGGAGAAGAUCAUUUGUCAGUUUGACUCGAAGUUGGAAGCAUCAGAUGAAGGCUCUGGGGAUGUCAAGUACCACCUGGGAAUGUCACAUGAACGUUUAAACCGUGUGACAAAUAAAAACAUCAAGAUAGCAGUGGUAGCCAAUCCUUCUCAUCUGGAAGCUGUAGAUCCUGUAGUGCAGGGCAAAACUCGAGCUGAGCAGUUCUACAGAGGGGACACAGAUGGCAAAAAGGUGAUGAGUAUCCUGCUACACGGAGAUGCAGCCUAUGCAGGACAAGGUGUUGUUUAUGAGACCAUGCAUUUAAGUGACCUGCCUGCCUACACAACACAUGGAACCAUUCACAUUGUUGCCAACAACCAGAUUGGUUUUACGACUGAUCCAAGAGUAGCCCGGUCAUCUCCCUACUGUACAGAUGUAGCUCGUGUGGUGAAUGCUCCUAUCUUCCACGUCAAUGCUGAUGAUCCAGAGGCUGUGGUGUAUGUGUGCAAGGUAGCUGCUGAAUGGAGGCAGACAUUUGGGAAAGACUGCGUCAUUGACUUAGUUGGCUAUAGACGUUUCGGACACAAUGAAAUAGAUGAACCGAUGUUCACACAACCAUUGAUGUACAAGAAGGUGGCCAAGCAGCCAACAGUAUUGGCCCAGUAUGCACAGACUCUCAUCAAGGAUGGCAUUGUUACACAACAGGAAUAUGAGGAGGAAGUGGCCAAGUAUGACAAGAUCUGUGAGGAGGCGUAUGUGGCUGCUAAAAAGGAGACUGCUGUCAAGAACACAGACUGGCUGGACUCACCCUGGCCUGGCUUCUUCGAAGGCAAGGACCCCAUGAAAAUCCCAUCAACUGGGUGUAGUGAGGAUGUCCUGAGACAUGUUGGACAAUCAGUCAGCACACCUCCAGAUAAUUUCGUCAUCCAUGGAGGUUUGAAACGGGUUUUGCGUGGCCGGGAAGACAUGGUGAAGAACCGGAUGGCUGACUGGGCCCUUGGGGAGGCACUGGCAUUUGGGUCGCUUCUCAAGGAAGGAGUUCAUGUGCGUCUUAGUGGCCAAGAUGUAGAGAGAGGAACAUUCAGUCAUCGCCAUAGUGUAUACCAUCACCAAAAUAUUGACAAGAGCAUGUAUGUGCCUCUCAACCACCUUUACCCAGACCAGGCGACAUACACAGUUGUCAACAGCUCCCUGUCUGAGUUUGCUGUACUAGGCUUUGAGCUGGGCUACUCCAUGACUAACCCAAAUGCCCUUGUUAUUUGGGAGGCUCAGUUUGGAGAUUUCUCCAACAACGCCCAGUGUAUCAUUGACCAGUUCAUCUCCAGUGGCCAGGCCAAGUGGGUGCGACAGAGUGGCAUUGUUCUUCUCCUACCACAUGGCUAUGAAGGAAUGGGCCCAGAACACUCAAGUGCCAGACUGGAGCGUUUCCUGCAGAUGAGCAAUGAUGACCCUGAUUAUUUCCCGCCAGAGGGCCCAAACUUUGAGAUCCAGCAGUCCCACGAGACCAAUUGGUUUGUGUGUAACUUCACCACACCUGCAAAUUUCUUCCAUGCCAUGAGGAGACAGAUUGCCCUACCCUUCAGGAAGCCGCUGGUGGUGAUGACACCAAAGUCAUUGUUGCGCUUGCCCGAGGCACGCUCAAGCUUUGACGAGAUGUUUGAGGGAACUCACUUCCAGCGAUUCUACCCUGAGAAGGGGGUAGCAGCCAGUAAUGCUGACACAGUCAAGAAGCUGAUCCUCUGUACUGGCAAGGUGUACUAUGAACUUGUGAAGGAGAGAGAGAAGAAGAAUCUGGUCGAACAGAUUGCCAUAGGAAGAGUGGAGCAGUUGACACCUUUCCCUUUCGACCUGGUAAAGGCGGAGAUACUCAAGUACCCCCGUGCCAGGUUGUGCUGGGCCCAAGAGGAACACAAGAACAUGGGAGCAUGGUUCUAUGUGGAGCCAAGGAUCAACACUGUCCUCAAGAAGAUCAACAGUUCAGUGGAUCUCGAAUAUGCAGGACGGUGUGCUUCUGCAGCAGCAGCUACUGGCAACAAACAUAUGCACAUGAUGGAGCUGGCCCAGCUGUAUUCAGAUAACAUGGAUGUUUCUCCUCGCCUCGACUGAGCUCAGCUUCACAGAUGAGCAGAUGUGUAGCUAAAUUGGACAAUUAUUUAUUCUAUUUGUACAUAUAGAGGUACUGAGAAGAUGAACAUACUGAUAACUGAAUGUACACAGCAAUCCUGCAGUGUGUUGCAGGCACAAAGUCAGGCAACACGACACAUGCAGUCUACCUGACCACAUCACAGACAGAAUGUUCUGUUACUGUGUCUGGCUAGUAAAUAAUGUGAAUGUGUUUGCUCAAACAAAGAUGCCUACCAGUGAGUGUUGGUUGUAUAAACAUGAUUACACACUGGCAUACAGUGGAUUAUGUGACUAGAAACAAACACAUAUCCGAUAGUGUGGACUGUUUCACUGACAGUGCUUAUGCCAUGUUUGACAAUGGAUGUGGUGUCAUUAAAUGCUUAUAUAGAAGAAACUUGUUAAAACUCUUGGAAAUAAAAAGUGAAAAUAUUUUUACUGUAACACACA